GGCUCACUUGUGCAGGUCCACAGCAGUGCCAUGAGUUUCAACACCGAGGGUCAGCGGACGUCGUCCUACAGGAAAAGAUUUGGGGGCACCCCGGGCAGCACCAGCAAGGGGCUGCUGAGCAGUAGCCGCUACUCUCUGGGAACCUCGCCAAGGAGCGGCUACCCUCAGCCCCUCAGUGGCAGCAGGAUGGCCGGUGUGAGGGUGAAGAGCUCCAGCCAGCUCGCCAGGGUGCUGGUGUACGGGCAGGACAAGGUGGACUUCUCUCUGGCGGACGCCCUGAAGGCUGAGUACAAGGAGACCCGCACCAAUGAGAAGGUGGAGAUGAUGGAGCUCAACGACCGCUUCGCCAGCUACAUCGAGAAGGUGCGCUUCCUGGAGCAGCAGAACAAGGUGCUGGUGGCCGAGCUCAAUCAGAUCCGGGGCAAGGAGCCCACCCGGCUGGGAGACAUCUACCAGGAGGAGCUGCGCGAGCUCAGGAGGCAGGUGGACCAGCUCAACACCGCCAAGUCCAGGACCGAGAUCGAGCGGGACAACCUGGCAGAGGACCUGGGCAACCUGCGGCAGAAGCUGCAGGACGAGAUCAACCUGAGGCUGGAGGCGGAGAACAACCUGACAUCCUACAGACAGGACGUCGAUGAGGCCGCGCUGAGCCGAGUGGAGCUGGAGAGGAAGAUCGAGGGGCUGCAGGACGAGAUCAGCUUCCUCAGGAAAAUCCACGAAGAGGAGCUGAGGGAGCUGCAGGAGCAGCUGGCGAGCCAGCAGGUCCACGUUGACAUGGACAUGUCCAAGCCUGACCUGACGGCGGCUCUGAGGGACAUCCGCAUUCAGUACGAGGCGAUGGCCAGCACCAACAUGCAGGAGACGGAGGAGUGGUACCGGUCCAAGUUCACCGACCUGACGGAUGCUGCCAAUCGGAACGGCGAGGCCCUGCGCCAGGCCAAGCAGGAGGCCAACGAGUAUCGGCGUCAGAUUCAGGUGCUCACCUGUGACCUCGAGGCGCUCAGAGGAACCAAUGAGUCGCUGGAGAGACAGAUGCGGGAGAUGGAGGAACGAUUCAGUGCCGAGGCUGCCAACUACCAGGACACUGUGGGCCGACUAGAGGAGGAUAUCCACAACCUGAAGGAGGAGAUGGCGCGCCACCUGCAGGAGUACCAGGACCUCCUCAAUGUCAAGCUGGCCCUGGACAUUGAGAUUGCCACCUACAGGAAACUGCUGGAAGGAGAGGAAAGCAGGAUCACCGUGCCAGUGCAGAGCUUCUCGACUCUGCAGAUCCGAGAGACCAGUCUGGACACCAAGCUGUCGCCUGAGUCUCACGUGAAGAGAAAUAUUUUGGUUAAAACUGUGGAAACCAGAGAUGGCGAGAUAAUUAAGGAGUCCACGGCGGAAAGAAAGGACCUGGCCUGAGUGGCGGAUGUGGCCACCUCAGCCUCGACCUCCCUGUACUCGUCCCUCCUUUCCUCCUUUUAGAGUAGACUGACAUGGCAGACAUCAAAGUGCUGAGCUUAGGGCGGAUUGUAAGGGGGGCACACAAACGGGACGGGCGCAAGUGCAGGUGAAGUGGAUCUGUGGCGCUUACCUGGCAAGUCAGGACCACCAGGCACAGCUGGCAGCCAACUUUCACCCUCUGUGGUGCCCCUGUGCCCGAUCCCCAUGAGCAGCCAGGGGUCCAUCUAUGACUCAUUCCACUUUGUUACAGCAGCGCUGCACCCGAUGCCGCCGUCGCCGCUCAGUGUGCCCGUGGCAGAGCAGAAGACUUCAGCCGUAGCUUUUAGAUGUGAGCAGAGCGCCUCCUAGAGGUUACCUAACACAGUGUCUUGACUGAUCAAAUGUGUACUGCUAACCGAGUAACAAUAAAGAGAAGUGAGGAAGAAACAA